CUUCGACAGGCUGAGCAUUGACGACCCCUCGCAGGGUUCCUUAUGUCCAUGUGUGGACAGCGGGUAGCUUCCCCGGGCCGUCUCUCUAAAUCCCUUCUGGAGCCACGGGUCAUCAUUAUUGAUGAGACAGUGUGCGUACAGAGAAGAUGCUGGCUAGGGACUGGACUCAUGGACCCAAUACCACACAACCACGCAGCCUUUGACCUCGGCAGUCUAUCUGCCGAGCCCUCAACCCCCUUUUUACCCUCCGGAUCAACACAUCACAUCUUCAUGAUGUAUGGAUGUAUUUGCUCUGAUUGACCCCUUGUCUCUUCCAUUCUUCCUCUUCUUGCUUGUCUCAUCUUCAUGUACUAUACAUCAUGCCAACGGCAGCAAUGCCAUGAACUACUGGUUGGAAGGAUUUGUGAUCUCACGGAGCGACUGCUGACUCAACUCAACUCGACUCGACUCCACCUCUAUCAUCUGUGCUGUUCUGCCCCCGAUCCCACGGAACCUAGAGUCCUGGAUUUCAGUCUUUUCCCAAGCCUGGUCCCCGCCUUCCGUAGAUAACUACCGUACCUACUUUACUAGUCUAGCUAGCUAGCUAGCUUGUGGCCAGACCUCCCUACCGUACUGUGGACAAUCUACUAGUAGCCACUAACCGCGGGAAAGUGUUGACACACUCGAGUGUCGUGUUAUAUCUUAACACUGAGUUACGCACAUCUAUCCACGACCGACUUUGCCGAUCGAGAGCGAUCCGAAGGCUUCUAAGAUGCUCGAGAUUCCCAAAAGAUAUCACUUCUGUCGUGGGUAGCUGCGGUAAAGUAUAUUUUUCAUUCUGCUUCCAAUAUUCAAUUGAAUUGAACCCUUAACGCCAUAUUUACCUCAGCUACGGUGACCGAUGGAACGUGAAUAAAAUCUGAUCGAACUGGCACGGUAGAUCUAGACCCAAAGAUACAGUCAAAUUUUGCUUCACAAAACAAAGGCAGGCUAUCAAUCUCUCUCGAGUCUGUCACUUGUUGUUCUCACCUUGCACUAGUAGUUGCUUCGGCUGGAAUCAAUUUGAAGUUCACCAUGGCCUGCAAGCUUUUCCUCUCUGCUGCAUUAUUGCUCUUGUUGUCUGCGCUGGUGGGCGCAUCCCGUUCAACUGGGGAAGCUACCGGUGGCCCCCGCCUCCGUGGUUCAACCAAGACGGCCGGUGGCUCGUUUGCCCCCCAAAGGACCAAUUUUUUGUACCAUCCAGGAGCCAUUCAUCAGCGUCUUGCUGUUGGUGGAUUCCAUAAGCAGCAGCAUGGAGAUGGCGCUGGAAACUGGAUGGACUCGCCUUGGCGCCGGUCGUCGCCGGUUGUUCGUAUCCCUGGUGACGAGAGUGAUGAAGGAGACUUUUCGAUUGGGAUGUCUAUGACACGUCUCUCCCCUGAUGGCCAGACAAUGGUCAGUGGGCACUGGCUCUCUCGUGUUGCGGUAGUUGGGACCAAAUCGCAAGCGGAGCAAGUCAAGGCCUUCCAGUUACACACUUUCACUUACAUGGAUAAGUUAUCUCGUUGGAUUCCACAGGGUCACUUCACUGUGUCCGGAGAUUCGGCGACUUGCCCGGAAUGCUUCGACUUCAUUUUUUCGAUGGAGAUGGCAAGUCGCUCAAAAGUGAUCCUGCAACAAGGCAUUGGCCUGGACCGUGGUGAAGUUCUGCUGAGUAAGGUCCAAGUGUACUCCAAUGAGUAUGUAUCCCGUGAUGUCAGUCCUUGGUUGGCCGUGGGACCGCCUAUUGUUCCUGUAGAUAACAGCAGCUUCAUCAGGAGUGUGAGUAUAGCCGACGAAGCCACAUUCGUAGCGGAGGGUGUUGUGGUUUCGGUGGGGCUGUUGCCAAAGGACAAUGUGUCUCCUGGGUCAGUUCAGAUCUGGACACCCGAGACGGAGUAUCACGAAGAAGACCAGUUCUUGCCAAAGUUGAAGUGGGUCACGGUUGGCAGUGCAAUCCAAGGCAAUAAUGCGUUGUUUGGUUUUGAUAUCAAGCUAAGCCGAAAUGGCUCUAUUGUGGCGAUUGUGGGAUCGAAAGACGCGCCAAACAGUGACGAUCCGCGUAACUUGUCUUGCUUCAUUCGAGUCUACAAGUAUUCUGAAGACGAUUCGGAAUGGAUGCAAAUGGGUCAAGAUUUGAUUCAGGAGAAGGACAAGUUCAUGUUCUUUUGCCCUAAAAUCAGUCUCGCCGGUGAUGGGCUCACGGUCAUGUCGGGGUACCGCGCCUACGAGAAGGGUUGUGAUCUCCAACCUGAACCCAACGGCCAUGUCAGGGUCUGGUCCUGGGAUGCCUCGUCUGAGAAUUGGAAUCAAAAAGGUCUUGACCUGGACGGCCUGUUUCCCACACCUGACAGCCCUCAGGACUUUGUUUUUGGCUUUGAUCACCGGUUGUCUUCAGACGGAAACCGCGUCGCCAUUUCAGGAUACGAGAGUGUCCCGUUGUCUCGGGCCAGCGACAAGGCGAACGUCUACUACAUUGUCACCUUUGACUGGCGUGAUGGCAACUGGACGCAGGUGCCAGGAACUGUCGACUCGGGCGUGUUUGCGUCGUUUGCCAUGGAUGAUGCAGGUACAACGCUUGCAGUUGGCAAUGUCCUUUCAGAAAGCCGCACAAGUGGAGUUAUUCAAUCUUACAAGUACAGGUCUUGGGACGAUGCAGUUUCCACAUGAAUGGAGCUCAGCACUAGUUUGGAAAUUUGCGUAAAAUCGUACUGCUUUGUGGAUGACCAAUAAAUCUGUAAUGUAUGUAGUGAUUGAGUUACACCCAAUC